AUGGUACACAACAGUGAUGAAUUUGAAGCAGCAGUGAUUCAGAACUGUUGUGAAAUGUUAACUCAGCAUAGAUACUGCCGACCUAAAGAACAAAGAACAGAAAAUGAAAGACUUUACUCGCAGGUGAAAGAGCUUCAGGUCCUUAAUAAGAGAAAUGAAGAGAAAACGUUCACAGAAACUCAACAUUUAAUGGCUGAAAUACAUCGACUAAAGGAAAACUCAAACAAGGAUAAUAUGAAGCAAGUAUCAGUCCAAGAUAUCCGGUUGACUGAACAAGUUAAAGAUCAGAAUAUUAGUGACUUACUUUCACAAUUGAGAGUAAAACAGAAAGAAGAGACUAAACAUACUGAAGAAAUUAAAAAACUAAAACAAGAGAAGCAAGCAUUAAUGGUAGAUCUGGAAAACAUGUCAAAAGAGUGUAAUAUGGCUAAAAUACAACUUACUUAUACUUCAGGUGAUAAAGAAUUUGAAAUGAAAAUAAUGGAAGAACAGUACAAGCAAGAAAUCCAGCGUCUCAACAAAAGGUUACAGUGGUAUGCUGAAAACCAGGAGAUGUUGGAUAAGGAUGCAGCAAGGCUUAAAGCAGCAAAUGUAGAAAUUGAGAAGCUGAAGGUGCAGGUAGAAAAGCUUGCUGCUUAUUCCAGAGAUAAAAAUUCGCCUCCCGAGAAACGUGCAAAGGGGAGAGCUCUGGAGGCCAAACGUAUUCAAGAUCUUGAGCGGCAGGUUAAGGAAAUGGAAAAAAUAAUUCAAAGGCGAUAUCCAAAUUCGUUGCCUGCUCUUAUAUAUGCAGCUGCAUCUGUACCUGAAACAGAUUCUGAAACAGCAGGCAGACUGCAUUCAAGAGGAUUUUUAGAGAAAAGAAUAAAGAAAUUAGAAGCUGACCUGGAAGGAAAAGAUGAAGAAGCAAAGAAGAGUUUAAGAGUAAUGGAGCAACAAUUCCAAAAAGUAAAGUGUAGUUAUGUAGUCCUAUUGUUUUCCCCGAUCCAGAAGGAUGACAUGUUUAAUGAUUUUUGGCUACGGAUCACAAAGUCACAUGAAGCCACAUUCUCUUCUGUGGUUAUGAUGAAACACCUUCGAGAACAAAUUAAUGAGCUGCAGAAAGACCGGGAGGCUCUUUCUUUUGCAAAGCUCCGUGAAGAAGCUCUGCAGUCUCAGGUACUUAUGAGCUACACACUAACAGCCUUAGCCAUUGAACUGAGUUGUAUGUUCAAGAUAAUGCAGAUUCAAGAGUGGGAAAAUGUAAUUGCAGAAAAAUCAAGUGGAACAUGA